AUGGGCCCUAUCGAGCUGAACAAGCGACGGAUCAUCCUACUCAUCGCUAGUAUAAUCGCCUUUUACAUUGUCUUUCAUGGCCUAUCACCCUCUGGCGACGACUUACAAGAUGUCGCCUCCCACAUACCCAUUCCCGGCCAUUUGGACCCUACAGAGCAUAAACUCCCCCCCUCGGCGCCCGAUCCAGACACGAUAUGGGACCUGGGACCCGAUCCUGCUCCCACCCUCGAACCUGAGCCUCAGCCUGAGCCUAAGCCCGAGUCCGAACAUGAACACGAAAUCGACACCGAGAAACCCACCCCUCCCAGCACACAACCCGUUGAACACUUCGACUUACAUCCCAUUGCACAGUUGAUGCAAGAAGCCGAUGCUGCGUGGCGGACCUACGAGACUGGGAUUUCGACAACAUUUAGGCAGACGGUGGAAAAGUACAGAAGCAAAUAUGGCAGACAUCCUCCGCCAGCGUUUAAAGACUGGUAUAGGUUCGCACGAAAGAGGAACGUGUUCAAUAUCGACGACUUUGAACAGAUCAUGGACGACUUGCGUCCCUUCUGGGCAGUUAAUGCGUCUGACAUCCGCAUUCACGCUGCCCACAUGUGGGAGAACCCUGACUUUGGUGUGUCGGUCAUUCAUAUUCGCGAUCACAAGGUGGUCAGAGUGGACAACCCGAGUUGGAGAUCCGAAACCAUGGAGAAAGUCAUUGAGAAGUUUAUCAAAUUCCUUCCGGACAUGGACAUUCCUAUGAAUAGAUUGGAUCAACCCCGGCUAAUUGUGCCUUGGGAAGAUAUGCAAGAGUUACUGCAAAAGGAAUAUCACUCACGCGUCAUGGCGCCUGAGGUCACGGACAGCUUUACCAAAAACCAACCCGAGCUCCUGGAUAUGAGCAUCGAAGACAAGGAACUCGACCACUCCACAAGACUGAGCGAAGACUGGAUAUUUGCUGCCGGUCAGCAGUAUAUGAAGCUCGCAGCCAAAGGUUGCCCUCCAAAAUCCCCCGCCCGAGCGGAGAUGACGGUUGCGGAGGCAGAUUCUCUGUACAAAGAGCCCACGCUGGGAUUUGUGAAGAAUUUCAACCUCUCCACCGACCUGUGUACAGUGGGUCCGACUAUUCAAGAUAUGCAUGGCAUGUUGUAUUCACCUAGCAGCAUCAUCGCCUCUCACAAGCUGGUACCCAUCUUCGGCGAAUGCAAAGUGAGCGUCAACAACGACAUUCUUUUCCCAGCAAACAUGUAUUAUCAGCAUGAUGACCGAUAUGACUAUAACGGGGAGGAAGAUGUCGACUGGCGGGACAAGCAAGAUAACACCAUCUGGCGCGGCGUCACCUCUGGUGGCGUCCAGCUCGAGGAUAACUGGGACAGGAUGCACCGGCAGAGGCUUGUUCAGCUCCUGAAUGGCACGCACAUGCUCAUAACCGGGAAAGAGGUCAAAGCUCUAACAGAAAAAGAUGAUGGCCCAGACAAGGUGAACACCACCUACGAGCUCUACGAUCGAUUCAAGCCUUCACAAUUUGCUGAGCGUCACAGCGACAUCGGUUUCACCGAACCAAUGUCCUGUCUCCCGAAUUGCUCAUUCUACGACAGCGUUUUCUCCUGGAAACCACAGGUCCCGCUCACGUCACAGUUCAAGUCGAGAUAUUUGAUCGACGUCGAUGGACAUUCAUUUUCGGGCCGUUGGCAUGCUUUCCUCCAAAGUAAGAGUCUCGGACUCAAAGCUACUAUCUUCCGCGAAUGGCACGAUAGCCGACUUCUAGCAUGGCGACAUUUUGUUCCGGUGGACAAUCGAUACGAUGACAUUUACGGACUCUUGACAUACUUUAUUGGAUAUGGCAAACCCUACAAACAGCAUGCCGAGGAAGGCGAAGACCCGAAUCCGCGCGUCUUCAUUGCCCGGCAUGACAGGGAGGCACAGAUGCUCGCCCGGCAAGGACGCGAAUGGGCAAAUAAGGUGCUCCGACGGGAGGACAUCGAGGUGUACAUGUUCAGGUUGCUUCUAGAGUAUGGGCGUUUGAUUGACGACAAUCGAGAUUUUAUUGGCUACUCCGGCGACGGCAGUGAACUGGACAAGUUUGAUGAGGGUGAGGAAAGCGAAGGCCGCUGGGGAAUUGGAGGGUGGUAG